CAAGAAAGUGAAGAAGCAGAUUGGAAAGGAAGAUUCGCAUAUAUUAAAAAAACUUAUCAGUGAGUUGUCUACUGAUACUUCUGAAAAUUCAGAAAUUUUGCAAUCCAAAUUUGCCCCCUCGACAACAAUCAAUUUCCUUAAUUUGUAUCAAAAAAUCAUAGAAUCUGAAGAUAAUAAUAAGAAAACGUCUCAAGAAGUUAUUCUUUGUUAUUUUCAUUUGGGAAAAGCAUUGGAGGAUCGCUUCAAUUACUACAGAAAAACAAAUCCCAAACGCACAGCUCAAGAGUUAGUUAAUAAUGAGGUUAGAACUCAGAUUCCUGAAUCAGUUAGUGAAAGUUUACUUCGAAAGACAAAGGAAAGGGUCCAGAAAAUUUAUGAUAUCUUUAAUGAGAUCGGGGUCGAUAAAAUCAAACGGAUUCGGUCUUUUACAACUACAACAAUAGCAAAUAUAUCCCAAGAUGACAUUGAUUUUGUAUUAGCCAAACUUUCA